CUUCUCAGUAUAUUGAAAAGCAGUUAGAACUCCACUGAGGUAUCGGAUGAUGCAGUGAGAGAAAGAGAAGGUGUUUGUGAUUCACGUUGAUUCGCCGUGAAUAAGUUUUUUAGUCACUCAGGAGUGUUUUCACGUUUUCACUGAAGGAACUUUUCCGAACGGUUUAAUCUGCGUUUAGUCUAUCCUUUUCAUAUCCUAUUACUUGAUCAGGGGAAGUGAGUGGGGUUAGCCUUCCCUCUGAGCCGUGUGGUGUCGCGUUAGGGGUGGCGUUCAGACUCAGUCAGAAUCAGAUUAAGAAGAGAUUAUCCGUGACAGUAAAGAGAUAAAAUAUCUCCUAUGAGUAUGGGCUUCUCAAUUUUCUGACAAACCGCCACUCAAAGACCUACGGUCACCGUGCGCUGUGGAGCUUAAUAAACGAACGAACGUGUCCUCAGAGCUUCUGUAGCCUAUCUACAGACGGACAAGGCUGCCUUUUUGGAGUAAUUUUCCGUAGUAAUUUCUGGAUUUCAGUUUUUUUUAAUUUUUUUUUAUCGAAUAUUCAAAUGAAAAAUGUGAUUUUAUAGUGUAAAUAAUAGACGUUCGAUGAUGAUUGUGGAUAACUGAAGGGGUUGAUACAACGCAUUAUAGGCUACCUACCAACCUCCCGGGUGUGUCGCGGGCGUCUAGGAUGUAGGGAUGAUCCCCGUGGGACGACUAAAGACUCAGCCACAACUGUGGCAGAUAGAGAGAGACCAUCACCCAUGGGUGUGGAUGCUGCCCAGCCCUGCUCCGGCCCCCCCCUCGGGUCUCUGCCGAAUGGGCGCCGUGGCCCCGACUGCCGCGCCGCACCAUCACCCCCCGUUCUUCCUCGCCCCCCACCGACAUCAUCCUCCUCCGAUGUUCCAGACCGUCUCCAGCUGGCAGCUCUCCUGUGAUCCCUACCUGCCACUGAGGAUCCCGGCACACACGGCCGCUAACCCAGGGAUGAGUCAGUUCUCCCCGCAGAACAUUCAGUGGGAGCUGCCAUCUCUACAUCACGUGGUCGGGUUUCAGCCUUCUGCCAACGUCGAACUCGUGCCUGUAUUCCCCCAUGUGUACCGCUCGCUGCUUCCUCCUCACCUGGGCAAGGGAUGGGUGGAGAAACGUGUCCCCGACUACAAGGUGUACUUGAACAACACUCUCGCGCUGGACACAGCCUGGCUCACUCCAGAGGAAAUAGGCGUGUUCCAGCGGCAAGAAAAAACGCUGCUGAUGACAAAUCAAAUGGCAAUGAGUAUAUCUAGGCCAGCAGCCGCCUCCAGGAGCCUCCGUACUCUUCUCGUGUCACCCAGACGCCUGUCAGGUUGUCCAGUGGCCAUAAAGAGAGUGGGCAGCAACAAGAGAAUUGCUCUGGCAGCAGCUGCUAUGAUGGCCAUGGAGUCAGAUCCUGCCGGACUCCAGGGGCCUUCACCCUCCUCGUCUUCCUCUUCUUCCGCUCCUUUCAUCCAUCCCCUCCACCUCUUCCAGUUGUCACCUAUCAAGAUUCCGUUCCACCUGACUCCACCAGGCCCAGGGUCCCGUGCCAGCUGGGAGAACUUGCUGGGUCCCCUUCUACCAGCCCAGCUGGCCCGGAUGACGUCACUGUCAGGGCCAGGUGUGGCACUCAUGACCGGAGAUUGGAGACCUCACUCUACAUCAGAUAAGCGGUUAGCCAGGAGAAAAAUGUCAUGUUCCACUGCGUUGGUGUUGCACACAGAGCAGAAGACAACUAAUGAAGCACACACUGAGCAGGAGAUGGUAAAGGCGUCGGUGGAGGAGAAUGUUGGGCCUAAAGACAAGCGACCAGUAGCUUCCACACCUGUUCCUGGGUCUCCAUGGUGUGUGGUGUGGACCGGGGAUGACAGAGUGUUCUUCUUCAACCCAACCAUGCAGCUCUCCGUGUGGGAGCAGCCUGUCGAUCUGAAAGACCGCGGAGAGGAUCUCAAUAGGAUUAUAGAAGAUCCCCCGCAUAAACGCAAAAAGGAUUCAUUUUCCACAGAGGAUGGUUCUAGCUCUCCGUCUGCCGACGACGAUGACGACGAGGAGCACAGUUCGAAAACCAAACGGAACAAACUGGAGGAACCUGCUGAUGGCAGUCAGGACCUGACAGAGAUGUCAGGGUCGGAGACGUGCAACGCUCCUCUCCAUCGGGCCGUUCUGCCAUUUGAACUACGUGUCUCACACUUCAGGGACAUGCUCCUUGAAAGAGGGGUUUCAGCGUUUUCUACAUGGGAAAAAGAACUGCACAAAAUUGUGUUCGAUCCACGGUAUCUUCUACUCAACUCGGCAGAGGAGAGGAAACAGGUGUUUGACCAGUUUGUCAAAGCCAGGAUGAAUGAAGAAUACAAGGAGAAAAAGAGUAAACUGCUGCAAGCAAAAGAGGAAUAUAGAAAACUUCUAGAGGAGUCAAAAAUCACAUCAAGGUUCUGUAUGUUGUCUCUGGAGGAUGAGUGCAAAGGCAGGCUGUGAUGAAAAGACAAGGCAUGUCUGCCGUGUGGAGUAACUCUCCGUUUGAAGUUUGUUCUUUUUAGAUGGUAUGAUAGAACUACACCACUCCACUGCCAGAAUGUUUAAUCCAAUAUUCAUUUGCAACCACUUUGUUACCCCAAGGACAUUAGUUAAUCGCGUGCAGGUGCAAGGUAUAUAAAAUAUAUUUUUUAUUUUUUUAUUUUUUAUCAAGCUAUACAACAAAAUAAACAAAUGCUCAAUUACCAAUAUUGAUCCAGUUCUUUUGUAAAAAAUCAGGCAGGAGUCAAUUAUUAACCUUUUACUCCGGGGAUGAUGAAACAGCAUUUUUUAAAAGGUUUCUCUUCUCUUUCUCUUGCACAGUUCUAUAUGGAAAAAAUAACAUGCACAAGCGUAUAAAUGCUAUGCAUAUGUGUAUAUAGAUUAUUCACUGACUAUCUCUUUAGGUGGUGACUAAGUGUGUGGAAAACCUCUUUAUUCUGUGACUUCCUUUAAAGUGGAACUGACAGCUUUUUCAAAACAAGGAAUCCUAGUCAAAUAUGUUAAAUUACGCCCACAGGAAUAAUAUUACGCCUUUUUUCAAAUCUUCUGACAAGCGAGCACAGACAUUUCCAUGUUUUCCUACAAUCAAAGGGAGGUUUGGGAAGGACAGAGGAAGCAUUUAUGAAAAUUCUAUAGCAAUUUAGAGUGGGAAAGUGGACAAAUAAUAUACACUUCACUGAAACAAAAGUAAUAAAAAUGGUGUCAGUCUUGAACGGUAAACACACUGUGUGUGUGCUAUAUCCGCUCAAAGUCACACAACUUACUAUUAGCAAAUUAUCUGUUUGCCACAUGGCUCAUCUGGUGAAAUGAAUGGUGUUUUCCCAGGCAGUAGCCAAAGUGAAACUCUAGAUCAUUAGAAAGCAUCAGGCAAAGCCACACUAUUCACCUGAAUGUUUUACUGCAAAUACGUGAAUACUUGUGAGUGCUGUUCAUCCGUGUCAAAUACGUGAAUACUUGUGAGUUUUCUUCAUCUGUGUCAAAUAUGUGAAUACUUGUGAGUGCUCUUCAUCUGUGUCAAAUACAUGAAUACUUGAGUGCUGUUCAUCCUGUGUGUCACCCUGGUUCCAAUCCACUUGACCACAACUAAAAUGGAACUGGACUGUCUGCUCAUGGUGCCCAUUUCAUCAAUACCAAACGCAUUUGAUUGACAAUAAGAGAUAUGCAAACUAAGCUAUUAGUUCCUCAUGUACUUCGUCCUUAUUUGUACUUAUUCCUUUCCUGACAUUUGGUUUCCAAUUCUCUUUAUUAAAUAGAAAAAACAAGAAUAAACAAGGGUUUACCGCGUGAGUGCAUGUUUGUGUGUCUUUAAACUAUGAUUAUCUAACAUGGCAGAAACAUGAAGUACUAACUUUAGUCUCUUCUGAUUUUCCUCAGAAAGGAUAGACUUUUCUAAUGAUCCCGAGCUCGCUCCCACAUCUUUCUCAAUAAAGAUAAU